CUCAGCCGGGACGUCGCGCUGAAGGGGGGGGGAAAGAAGCGCGGCGCGGACUCGCCCCUCACGCAGGCGGCGGGUCCCUGCCAGGCCGCGGCGGGCUCCUGGUUACUCCUCCUCCUCCUCCUCCGUAAGGGCGCCCCCAGCGGCUCCCGCCUCGCCUCAGCCCGGCCGGGUGAGGGGAAAGCGGGCGAGAAGAAGGAGGAGAGCAGCAGCGGCGGCGGCGGCGGCAGCGUCUGGGCGGAGCGACUAAGGCCUGAGCGGUGAAGUCGGCCGAGGCUUCGCCCGCCUCCUGUGGUCAGGGCGGCCGCCCCUCCGAGUCAGGCAAGAUGGCGGCGGUGGAGCUGGAGUGGGUGCCCGAGACGCUCUACAACACCGCCAUCUCGGCCGUGGUCGACAGCUACGGCCGGGCCCGCCGGAGGGACAUCCGCUCCUUGCCGGAGAACAUCCAAUUCGACGUCUAUUACAAGCUUUACCAACAAGGCCGACUAUGCCAGCUGGGUAGCGAAUUCUGCGAACUAGAAGUUUUCGCAAAGGUGCUUCGAGCUUUAGAUAAAAG